AUGCUGGAUCCAUUAGCUAAACAGAAACUACUAUGGACUAUUGGGCAUUCGAUUACUGUUGUUUUGGGAAUAAUUUUUUCAAUCACUUACUUUUAUCAUGUUAUUCAUUUUUAUAAAUACCGUCAAUGGAAAUGGCUAUUCCUAAGAUUAAAUAAAUCAUAUGCAUACAUUCAAGGCAAUUCAUGGACUGCCUAUUUUGCUGGCAUGCUUCCAAAUAUCAUAUAUAGACUGUCCUUGAUUGGAUAUCUCACUGCCAGUGUCGUUUCAUUGAAUCAACAAUAUUCCAACUCCAAUCCAACCUGGUACGACUUAUUAUCUUCAGAAAGUUUCCAAGCUGUUUUACUAGCUGUGGUAUGGUUAAUUGGUGGCAGAAAAUCAUUUUAUAGAUUGUGCCCAUUUAUGAUCAUCAGUUACUUACAUUUAUUAAAUAGAAACAAUGAAUUUAAAGGUGAUGAAAAAGCUACUGAAAAGUUUAUUAUGAAGAAUUGUAAGCUGCUAAGAACGAUCGGCUAUAUUGAAUCUGCAACAGUUGUUGCAUUAGUGUUCGACACCAUUCUGUUGAAAGAUGGAACUUCAGGUUUUUCAUUAGUAUUCUACAUUGGACUAUUUUGGUUGAGAUUGAACUUCAAUUCAUAUGCAAGAAUAAAUGCCCUUAAUAUCUUAGAAAAAAUCAAACCAUACCUGUCAGAUAAUGCCAAGAAAUUUGUUGACAAGGCUGAAUCAUACAUAUUUUUAAAGAUUAAACAAGACAGACUAAGAUGUCAAAACAGAUAG